AACGUUGCGGUCACGUGGCCUGGUGCCUCAGUCGCCACGGCAACGCCCCCCCCCCACCAACCCCCCCACCCAGCCACACUCGAGCAAUGGCGGCGCCCGUGGAACCCCAACGCCAUGAGGACGUCAACAACAUCAGCAACAACAACAGGAGCAAACACAACAACAACAACGAUGAAGCGGAGGAGGACGACGAGGCGGUGGCCGCCAGCCUCUCGCGGAGCCUCGCUCGCCACCUUAACGCGCUCGGCGACGACAGCCGCCCGGCGAGACGGCGCGCACUCGAGGCCCUAGUGCGCGAGACCCUGGAACGCGAGCGGCCGCUGUCGGGCGGCGCCGUGCGGGCGGCGCUGGACGCCUCGCUCCUGCGCCCCGCGCUCCGCUGCCUCGUGCGGGACCAGGCCGAGUCCUGUCGCGAGUUGGCGGCGCGCCUCCUCGCCGGAUGCUUGGGCGCCACUUCGCGGCCCGAGGAAGCGCUGCCUUACGUGGUCGCGGCGGUGGUUGGGCGGUUGGCUGGCGGCGGUGGCGGUGGUGGUGGCGGUGGCGGCGGUGGUGGUGGCGGGGAGCCCUCCGAGGAGCUGCGCCUGGCCCUGGUGCGGCUGCUGUCGCUCGCCGUGAGCCGCUGCGAUCCCGCGGCGGUGACGCCGCACGGGGAGGAGUUGGUGCGGGCGCUGAGGAGCUGCAUCGUGGACCCUUUCCCCGAAGUGAAGAAGGAAAGCUGCCGCUUCGCCUCCCAGCUCGCUGCGACCCUGCCCGAGCACUUCCACAUGUACUCGGAGCAGCUGAUCAAGCCGCUGAUGCAGACGCUGACGCACCAGCACUCGCGUGUGCGCGUUGCCGCCGUGCUCACGACGGGCGCCGUUGUGCGCUACGGCUGUAACAAGUCCGUGAACGACGCAUUGCCCCACCUCGCGCAGCGCCUCUUUGACGACGCCUCCACGGUACGCCAGGCGGUGACGGACGUGGUGGGGACCUGGUUGCUGGAGCUGCCUGACCGCUACUCAUUCUUCCACAAGCUCAUCCCGCUGCUGCUGAGCAGCCUGAGUGAUGAGAUGCCUGAUGUACGAAACUCUGCGACCGAAUACUGGAAGAGAGUCGGGCAGCAAUGGGAGCACGAGAAUGAGGAGGACCUCAAAGACAAGAUGGAUUUUGAGCUACCUCCAUCAUCCCUCUACCCAGCAGGAGUGGCGCGGCCUUGCCUGGGCUGCCGAGAGCUGGUGCAGCGAAACCUGUCGCGGGUGCUGCCGGCGGUGGCCCGCGACGCCGGCGACUGGGUGGUGGGCACGCGUGCCAAGGCGUCGCAGCUCCUCGUGUGGCUGACGGUGCACGCCGAGGAUCACGCGACGCAGCACGCCGAGCUGCUGGUCGCCACGCUGCACCGAACCUGCGCCGACGACGAGCCACAAGUAGUGCAUAACGCCGUGCGUUCGGCCGAGCUGCUGGGCGCUUUCGUGAACCCGGAGGUGUUCUGCAAGCUCGCCCUACCGGCGCUGCACCGCUCGCCCUCGCCAAGCCACCUCGCGCCGAUCUCCGCGUUCAUACGUGGCUCCUCUGCGGAGCUGCUGGCACCACACGUGGCCUCCAUCGCAGACGCCCUAGCCCACCCUGACGUGGCGCAGGCAUCCGAAAAGGUCGUGUACCACCAGGAGCUGGUGGCGUGUGCACAGGCGCUGGUGUCCACAUGCGGGGAGCAGUGUCGCAACGUCACCUUCCAGCUUCUGCAGCUACUGCUCAGCAGUUCCGCUCUGUGCGGGGAGUCCAGCCUCCAAGCACAGGUGCAGGAAGCGACGCGUGGCCUCACGACCGCUGCAGGCUUCGAGGGCCCUGCCGCGCUCCUACGUGAGCACAUGCGGCCGCUGCUCGCGUGGCUCGGUGGCUCGAGCCAGCAGUGGACGAGCCAUGCUGUGGAGCGGCUCAUCUUUGACACCUUGCUCUUCCAAGCUGGUCCUAUGGUCGGUGAAUUCCUGCCAGAGGUAAUGCCGAUAUUCCGUGACCUCCUGCAGCCCAGCAAGGAGCCAGAGCUGAGACUGAAGGUGUUUGCUGUCCUCUCGAAACUGCUGCUGAAUGCACAGGAGACUGUGAACUCACAGGGGCAGUUCGCUGGGUUCCUGCAGGAGCUCGUCAGGGAGAUGAUAGUCCCAAACCUGGUGUGGCACGCAGGCCGCACGGCCGCGGCCAUCCGCACCACGGCCGUGUCUUGCCUGUGGGCCCUGCUGCAUGGAGGCAUGGUCACCCCAGAGCAGGCGAGCGCCGUUAGUGGCGAGCUGCUGCCCCAGGCGGUGGCGAUGCUGGAUGAGGACUCCAAGACGUCGCGGCUGCUCGCUUGCCGCGCGCUGCGCAUCGUGCUGCAGCUGCUGAGCGAGAAGGGCUGCGACGCUGACGCCCUCAACAAAAUAUACCCAGAGGUGCUGAAGCGCCUGGAUGACGCUUCAGACGAGGUGCGAAUUGCAGCCGCGCGCUGCCUCUCGGCGUGGUUCGGUUGCGUGGGCGGCGACUACGACCGGGGCCUCUACCGCGCCCACCUCGAGUUCCUCUACCGUGGACUCCUCGUGCACCUCGACGACCCCGAUGCCGGCAUCCAGGCCGCCGUGCUCGACGUGCUGAAGCAGGGCGGCCGCGUGACUCCGGAGCUGCUGCAGCAGGAGGUGGAGGCCGUGAAGCACAAGCACCGCUCGCCGCUGCACUGCGACGCCCUCGUGCAACACCUGCAGCAGCUCACUUCCACGUGACGGCGCCGUUCGCCCCUCACUCGCACACCUUGCUGCUACACCUGCAUGCACAGCCAAGCGCCGACACACAUCUGAUCGCACAGCAGUAUGCAUGCGUGCAUAUUCAUACGCCUGCGUCUCCACACUCGCCCACAAAAUAGACAGAGAUCCCCGGUAUACCCAUUACAGGCUGUUAGGACAAGUGCUGUUAGCGAGCACCUAUGAAGGCCGGCACGGUACAUGAGGCGGUGGGUGGCCAGCACCACGCCCGACCGCCUUUGUCUCCCCAGUGGCGAUGUUUAUACACUGCACCAA